GGCUGGAGCAGAUGAGCCAGUGACCACAGACUUCUUAAGGUGACCCAGGGGUGCGGCUUGGGCCUGUGGGAACUUGGUUGGCCGUGUUUAACCCCUCCCUAUCCCACUGCAUAGUGUGAGGAAGCUGCAGGAAGUGCUGUGUGGAGGUGGUCCUCCCACAGCUGGGGCCCUGAUAGACUCUAGUGUGGAAGCCUCUGCCAUUCAAGACUGGGCCAAGAGCAAAAGAAGCGGACACUGGCUACAUGGAGUGGACAUACAAGAGUUAACUGGCGGGGUGUGACAGGGCGAACCGCCUUCAGGAAGUGUUACUCACCGCCAGGAAUGUGCACGCCUGUGCCUUGGGGGUUGGAUUCUCUUCCUGAGUCCCAGGAGAAGCUGAAGGAGCUCCCAGCCAUGGAAGACCCUGGUGAGACCGGAGCACACCCUCUGGGAGCCACCAGCCUGAACUUUGUACCUGGGUACCAACAGGAAGAAAAGCCAUCUCCAGACCCACUGUAUGACACACCUGAUGCCAGAGGGGUUCAGGCAGGCGGGUCCCAGCAACCAGCACGCACAGUGAGCUUGCGGGAGCGGCUGCUGAUCACCCGGCCUGUGUGGUUACAGCUGCGGGCCAACGCUGCAGCCGCACUGCACGUGCUGAGGACAGAGCCUCCGGGGACCUUCCUGGUGCGGAAAUCUAACACUCGCCAGUGCCAGACUCUAUGUGUGCGGCUGCCAGAAGCUAGUGGCCCCUCUUUUGUCUCCAGCCACUAUAUCCAAGAGAGUCCUGGCGGCAUCUCUUUGGAGGGCUCAGAGCUCACAUUCCCGGACCUGGUCCAGCUCAUCUGUGCAUACUGUCAUACCAGGGACAUUCUUCUCCUCCCUCUCCGACUCCCCAGAGCCAUUCAUCAGGCAGCCACCCACAAAGAGCUGGAGGCUAUCUCCCAUCUGGGCAUGGAGUUCUGGAGUUCCUCUCUCAACACCAAGAACCAACAGAGACCUUCAGAAGCUCCGCAGAUACCCCGGCUGAAGGCUCGCUCCCCUCAAGAGCUGGAUCAGGGCACUGGUGCAGCCCUCUGCUUCUUCAACCCCCUCUUCCGGGAUCUGGGCCCCACCAAACGUGAGAAAUUCAAGAGGAGUUUCAAAGUGCGUGUAUCCACAGAGACCUCCAGCCCUCUGUCUCCACCUGCUGUGCCGCCUCCUCCAGUCCCGGUUCUGCCAGGGACAUCUUCCAGCCAAACGGAAAGACUGCCCCCUCGACAGCUGCUGCAGAGGGAGAGCUCAGUGGGAUACCGUGUGCCAGGAAGUGCUGCUGGCCCUAGUCUUCCUCCCCUACCUUCACUUCAGGAGGUGGACUGCUGCUCCCCCAGCAGCUCAGAGGAGGAGGGUUCUUCAGGAAGCCCUACAACCUCCCCACGCCUAAGCCGCCCAAGGCACCAGCGGCCUCUGCUUCGGUCCAUGAGUUCUGCUUUCUGCUCUCUGCUGGCACCAGAGAGGCAGGUGGGCCGGGCAGCUACAAUGCUAAUGCAAAACCGAUACACAGCUGUGGGUCAGCUAGUGCAGGACCUACUGACCCAGGUUCGGGUUGGUCCUGAGCCCCGGGAGUUGCAAGGCAUCCGCCAGGCCCUGAGUCGGGCACGGGCCAUGCUGAGUGCAGAGCUGGGCCCUGAGAAACUGCUACCACCGGAGCGGCUGGAAUUGGUCCUGGAGAAAUCCCUGCAUCGCUCUGUUCUCAAGCCUCUUCGACCCAUUCUAGCUGCCCGCCUGCGGCGCCGACUUUCCACAGACGGUUCCCUUGGCCGCCUAGCUGAGGGCUUCCGCAUGGCCCGGACCCAGGGGCCUGGAGCCUUCGGGUCCCACCUGAACCUUUCUUCCCCAGUGGAGAUAGAACCAGUGCGUCAGAAGCUGCUGCAGCUCCUUCGUGCCUACUCGCCUAGUGCCCAGAUCAAGUGGCUCCUGCAGGCCUGCAAGUUGCUAUACACAGCCCUGAAAACCCAGGCAGGGGAGAAUGCAGGCGCUGAUGAGUUCCUGCCUCUCUUGAGCCUUGUCUUGGCCCAGUGCGACCUUCCUGACCUCCUGUUAGAAGCUGAGUAUAUGUCAGAGCUACUGGAACCCACGUUGCUCACUGGGGAGGGCGGCUACUACCUGACUAGCCUCUCAGCCAGCCUGGCCUUGUUGAGUGGCCUAAGCCAGGCCCACGCACUGCCACUCAGCCCUGCCCAGGAGCUCCAACGUUCUCUGGCCCUCUGGGAACAGCGCCGCCUGCCGGCCACCCACAACUUCCAGCACCUCCUCCGAGUAGCCUACCAGGACCCCAGCACAGGUUGCACCUCCAAGACCUUGGCUGUGCCCCCGGGGUCUUCGAUUGCCACCCUGAGUCAACUCUGUGCCACCAAGUUCCGAGUGAUCCAACCGGAUGCAUUUGGCCUCUUUCUCUACAAGGACCAGGGCUACCAUCGCCUGCCCCCUGAAGCCCUAGUCCACAGGCUUCCCACAACUGGUUACCUCAUCUACCGCCGGGCAGAGCGCCCCGAGACCCAGAGGGCUGCAACAGAGAAGACCAAGACAGGAAAUGAGAGGCCAGAGGCAGGAGCAUGGGAGGAGGAGAAAGGGGGUCUAAAUGGUGAAGGGAAAUCUGAGAUAGCUGUUGACCAAGAAGGCAAGGAUCAGGCCAGAGGAGGUCACGUGCAGCUAGAGGAACAAAAGGCAGAGGGAAGCCCGGCUUUAGAAGAGUAGCCAGGAACAGCCAAAAGGAUUACCUGGGUCUUCAGGAGCCUCUAAGUCCACUCUGCCCAGCUGCCGAGCUUCCUUCACUACUCACACACAGUUCUCUGUGAUGUCUGCCACUGCCUCUAGCUGAUCUUCAUGAGUCCACCUGCUAGGGAACAGGGAGCUCACCAUAUAGACGAAGGCAGCGUUAAAAGAGUUGGGAGACUGCCAGACCCUCUGUUCAGGGCCCCUGGCUUCUGUCUUCCCCCGUAGCCCACAGGGAUAAAUGUGUCUGGUAAGGAAAAAUUCCACCUGAUAGCCAGCUUCUGACAUAGGGGGACAGUAAUCCCAGCCUCUUUUGCCUCUCCCACUGCCCAUGAGCACAGGCAGGUGCUGGAGCAUCAAGACCUUUUACAGCUCUAGCCUCCUAGUUUCAGGGGUCAGGGAACCAGCGGAAUGGCAGCAACACUCCCCAAACUAACAGCGCUACCCAGACACGGCAUCUGCUGUUCAGAGAAGGGAUAUGGCUGCUGUUCUGCACGGUUCCUGAGUGACCCAGGGCCUACAGGGGUGGUCGGCAGCUCAGCUUAGGCAGGGGAAAGAGAGGAGGGAAUGGGUGUCAGUAGCCAUGGCGGUUGGUCCGUAGGUUGCCUCCCUCACCUGUGUCUUCUUCCCCGGGGCAGUUCAGAGAUGGUUAUUGUCCUGGA